CAUCAAAGAGAGAGAUGUCUGAGCUUGAAGGGACCAUCGAGUGUGCAGGGCUGAGCCGCCCAUUCCAACUGGGAAUGCUGUAUGACUGCAGGAAAGAUGCCCUCAUCCCAGGUAUUACACUCUGGGAUGGCGACAUGCUGCAGAAGAACAUUAAUAUCCAACCACAUCCAAACACUGAGUUCAAGAUCAUUGCCUCAGAUUCCACAGAGAGCAAGGCAGAGGCUCUGAAAGUGUCUGCAUCACUUGAGGCAAGCUUUAUGACUGGGUUGGUGAGCGUAAAAGGAUCUGCAGCCUUUCUGAAUGACAAGAAAAAAUCGAAACAACAGUCCAGAGUCACUCUUCAGUAUCACACCACCACACGUUAUGAGCAGCUUACAAUGGAACACUUAGGGGCUGGAAAUUUGAAACACUGCGAUGUCUUGAAGGAAGGAUCUGCCACACAUGUGGUGACUGCAAUAUUGUAUGGUGCUAAUGCCUUCUUUGUGUUUGAUCGUGAAGUCUCUUCGAAUGAAAAUCAUCAGGAAAUACAAGGACAUCUUGAGGUAGAAAUAAAAAAAAUCCCAUUUAUAUCUAUUAAGGCAGAGGCAGAUUUGAAGAUGAGUGAAACAGAACAACAACAAGCAGACAAAUUCAACUGUACAUUCCAUGGUGAUUUUGCAUUGGUGAAUAAUCCUGUCAGCUUUCAAGAUGCAAUCAAGGUGUACUCACAGCUUCCACAGCUGCUGGGAGAAAACGGGCAACAUGCUGUACCCAUGGAAGUGUGGCUGUAUCCCCUUAAAAAACUGGACUCGACUGCGGCCCAGCUUGUUAGGGAGAUAAGUGUAGGUCUUGUUCGCCAUUCUCAGCGCAUCCUUGAUGACAUAGACGAGGCUGACAUUGAUUGCCAUGACCUGAUGAAAGAGGAGAUAGCCAUCCACUUCUCUGAGAUUACAACCAAGCUUAGGAAAUUCAAAGGCCUGAUUUCUGAAUACAAACUGGUAUUUCAAAAGAAGCUUUGCAAAUUACUUCCUACUAUUCGCGGAGGGGGGACAGAGGAGCAAGAGUUGGUGACUACCCUGAACAGCAGAGAGAGAUCCCCAUUCCAGAGCGCAUUAAUCACAGAAUAUCUGAGUGACAGAGAACGUGAGAUAAAUGUUAUCAGAUCCUACCUUGACAUUAUGAAAGAAAUCAGGGUGAUUAAAUCCAGUAGUGAACUGGACAAGGUUGUCCUCAAUCCAAGUAAUGACUUUGUAGUGGCUUGUGUGUUCUCAUCCCUCAGUGGGGAUACAGAAUAUCUACAUGAUUUGGAAAACUAUCUGAAGGACGAGGCAAAGGCCAUUAGGUCUGACACAUCUUAUGAGGUCCAAAGUGCUAACAAAAAGGAACAAUGGUUUCACUCUGGGGAGGUGACUGCUCUUACCAGGCAAAGCAUUCGCCUGUUCCUUGAUUUCAAGCAGUCCAACCAAGACAGAGAAAACAUUGAGUUUUGCAUAGGAUCAGUUCCAAACAAGUCCAUCACAGCCUCCUCAAUUCAUGUGUAUGAGAAAGGGACACUUCUUGAUUCUCAGUUUUUGCUGCCCUCCACACCUCCUAGCCCGACCCUUUUGAGACAGGAACAUGAUCGUGUCCACUUGCAAAUCCACCCCCCGGCCACAGGAGAACCUUUUGUGGAUUCUUAUCGAAUCCUGUACCAGACGUCUGAGUCUGACUGGAAGGAGAUAGGCACUGAUGCAAAACAGUUGGAGAAGAUGUAA